AAGAAACCAAUACCACAGAGAAAGUAAAGAGAGAAAUUUUUCCCGGGAAAAUUCUCUCUCUUUCCCUCCUUAUAAUUCAAGAAAACCUUCUUUAUAGAUCUAGAGAAACACCACAUUUCUUGUCUUCUCUCAAAGAAUACAACAAGAACAACAGCUAUCCACACAUUGCAUUGUAUACAUAGAAAUAUACAGACUUUUCACUUUUAUUGGCGUUUUUUGAGGUUAAACGGGAAAAUCUUGAAUUGGUUUUUUUGACGUAAGAUCUUUAGAAUUGUUAAGAUUGGAUUUUGUUGUUGUGGGGUGGUGGUAUUUUUAAAGAAAAGAAAAGAAUGGCAACAGAGCAGCAACAACAAGUUUGGCCUUUCUCUGUUGCUUCUGUUGUAGAGGAUAUGCUUCAAGAAAAUAUUGGAGCUCGACCAAGAGGUGUUGAUUUGGUGGCUUCAAGAAAAGCUGAAGAAGCUUCCUUGAGAAGGUAUGAAGCAGCUGGGUGGCUUCGAAAAACAGUGGGAGUUGUUGGGGGUAAAGAUUUGCCAGCUGAGCCCUCUGAAGAAGAAUUCAGGCUUGGAUUGCGAAGUGGGAUAAUCUUAUGUAACGUCCUUAACAAGGUUCAACCUGGAGCAGUUCCAAAGGUAGUGGAAGGUCCUGGUGAUUCUGUUGAAGUUCCUGAUGGGGCAGCUUUAUCAGCAUUUCAGUACUUCGAAAAUGUGAGAAACUUCCUGGUAGCUAUUGAGGAAAUGGGAAUUCCAACCUUUGAAGCCUCUGAUUUGGAACAGGGAGGAAAAUCUGCAAGGGUAGUGAACUGUAUUCUAGCACUCAAAUCAUAUAGUGAUUGGAAACUGAGUGGUGGGAUAGGGACAUGGAAAUAUGGAGGAAAUUUGAAACCCUCAACCUGCGGGGGUGGGAAACCCUUCAUGCGAAAAAAUUCCGAGCCUUUCAAGAAUUCCUUCUCUCGGGCAUGCAGUGGUGAUCCGUCUUCAUUUGAUGAACAAUUCAAUGACCUCAGUGAAGCUGGUGCCUCUCGUUCCUUGAAUAUGCUUGUCCGUGCAGCUCUUUCAAACAGGAAGCAAGAAGAAAUACCUAAUAUAGUAGAGUCUAUGCUAAACAAAGUCAUGGAGGAGUUUGAGCGUCGGUUGGUGAGCCAGAAUGAGCAGACGAAAAUAACAGCAAAGGAUAUGGAAGUAGCUAGCCCUGACAUGCCUCUUUCAAGAACUUCAAGUGAUACAAGGAUGGAAGAAGAAACUUCCACACAAAUCAAUACACGGGAAUGCUGCCAUCAUAAGGGCACUCCUCAUGAGGAAUCAGAAGACCAGCUUUUGAAACAGCAAGCGAUGGUUGAACGACAACAACAAGACAUUAAGGAACUGAAACUUACUCUUUAUGCUACGAAAGAAGGAAUGCACCUUUUGCAAAUGAAAUAUGUGGAGGAGUUCAACAAUUUAGGUAAGCACUUGCAUGGUCUAGCUCAUGCAGCUUCAGGCUACCAGAGAGUCCUCGAGGAGAAUCGCAAGUUAUACAAUCAAGUGCAGGACCUGAAAGGAAAUAUUAGAGUAUAUUGCCGAGUAAGACCCUUUUUGACUGGGCAAGCAAGUCGUUUUAGUACGGUGGAUCACAUAGAUGAAGGGAACAUCACAAUUAGCACCCCUUCAAAAUAUGGCAAAGAGGGACGCAAAUCAUUCAGCUUCAACAAGGUUUUCGGUCCUUUGGCAACUCAAGAGGAGGUAUUUGCAGACACCCAGCCUCUGAUUCGUUCUGUUCUUGAUGGUUACAACGUGUGUAUAUUUGCAUAUGGUCAAACUGGAUCCGGAAAGACAUAUACUAUGACCGGUCCCAAGGAGCUCACAGAGGAAAGUCUAGGUGUAAACUACAGGGCAUUAAGCGAUCUAUUUCUCCUUUCAGAUCAAAGAAAGGAAGUUAUUUGCUAUGAUAUCUCUGUCCAAAUGCUUGAGAUUUACAACGAGCAAGUGAGGGAUCUCCUUGUAACUGAGGGUGUUAACAGAAGAUUAGAAAUUCGAAACAGUUCUCAGAAUGGAAUUAAUGUACCAGAAGCAAGUCUUGUAACUGUAUCAUCACCAUCUGACGUCUUAAAUUUGAUGAACACUGGGCACAGGAAUCGUGCAGUUAGCGCUACAGCAAUGAACGAUCGCAGCAGUCGAUCCCAUAGCUGCCUGACAGUUCAUGUUCAAGGGAGAGAGUUGGCAUCUGGAACAGUAAUCCGUGGUUCAAUGCAUCUUGUUGACCUGGCAGGAAGUGAACGGAUUGACAAAUCUGAGGUGACAGGAGAUAGAUUAAAGGAAGCACAGCAUAUCAAUAAAUCUCUUUCUGCUUUGGGAGAUGUGAUUGCCUCUCUUGCUCAAAAAAACUCACACGUUCCCUACCGGAACAGCAAACUUACCCAACUACUACAAGAUUCACUUGGUGGGCAGGCUAAGACGCUCAUGUUUGUGCACAUAAGUCCCGAGACUGAUGCUCUUGGAGAAACAAUUAGUACACUUAAAUUUGCUGAAAGGGUUGCCACUGUUGAGCUUGGUGCUGCUCGAGUUAAUAAAGAUAGUUCAGAGGCGAAGGAGCUGAAAGAGCAGAUUGCUAAUCUCAAAGCAGCCUUAGCAUCGAAGGAAGUAGAGUCAGAACACUCACAUCAUUCUCGAUCCAGCACCCCGGAAAGACUUAAAAUGAAGUCUGGUUUGCCUUCUCCUUCUCACAGUUGGCAGAGUGCAGGUAGCAUAACAAGUGCAGGUAGCUUAACAAGCGGUCAUAGGCAGAUGGAGAAUGGUAAUUCAGAGGUUAGGAACAACUAUUCGUCUGUUGCAAGAAGGCGAAGAAGCUUGGAUCCCCAAGAUUUGAUAAUGUAUUCACCUCCAUGGCUACCUGCUUCCUGUCCUUCGAUGAGUGGAAAGGAGGAUGAUAGAGAAUCAGUGUCUGGUGACUGGGUUGACAAGGUCAUGGUGAACAGGCUUGACAGUGCAAACAGAGAUGAAAAUCCUGCAGGACAAUGGGAAGUAGACAGCAUACAGUCGCCUGAGAUGUUUUAUCAGAGUUAUGCUCGAGACCCUUCGAAGAUUUACCCAGAAAAACUCUGCAAAUCUUCACCAAAUACAAGGGACAGCCAAGAGUACGAUGCUCAGAGGGGUAGGUUUGAAAUGGCAUCCACCGAUGAGUCUGACGAACUCGAGGCUGCAACAAGUGAUUCUUCUGAGCCAGACUUGCUAUGGCAAUCUAAUAUCCCUAGAAUGAGCAGCCUUCCCAACCCCAAUGUUUUGGGAUCUAAAACAAAGAAGACUACUACUCCUAGGGGAUUCAAGAGCACAGAAACAAGGAGUUUAAUUCCAUCACUAAUUCCUUCACCGUCAAGGAAACUACCAAAUGGGGUGAGUCCAGGCCUAAACAAACCCGGAAGGCAGCUAGUUUCUGUCGACGGAAAGAGGAAAACUGGGCAUGCAAAGUGAUAUCAAAGGAAGUGGCUUGGUGAUUUAUCUUUUUUUUUUUCAUUUUUUGUGUAACUAUCAUAGAGUUGUAGAGAAAUGGAGAUAGAGUGAAGAGAAAAGAGUUGAGUGGCAAUGAUUUCUGUUGCCUGCGUUUCUGUGGUGGUGAUCGUGAGAUUUACGUGGUCCCGUCGUCCCAAAUUUCAAUUUGUUUAUAUGAGUGUUCAUCUUGUGAAUUCUUUGACAUCUUGUGUUAUUAAAUGUUAUCCUUUUUGGAUCAUAAACAAAAGUCAAAUCGAAGUCCAAUUUGGUAGUAACAAACUUAACCACCUGCAUUCCAGUUUUUGUCACAUCCCCUAUCUAGGUCU